ACCACGCAUGCGCGCUGGCCGGCAUACGCUCAGCAUUUGAUCUCGUAUGCAAUUCAUUCUUUGAACAAGUACGCUGAGUUUAAUGUUUCUCUGCAUGCAAACCAUUUGAAAAAAAGUCCUGGCUAUUCGCAAAACAAAUAUAGACGAUAGGUGUGUUGUACGGAGAGCAUCAGUUUACUCGGACAGUAAAUGAAGAUCACUGUAACGUGUUUCCACAGUCAAGUUGCCAACGAGUCACUGAGAAUAAAGUGGAAGUAAGUACGAGUCGAGUUACAGUACAGAGAGAGACCGAUUAAGAGAGGUAUCAUAAAUAGACACUGUCCGAUCUGGUUAUACGUAUCGGAAGCGAUAACGUGGCACAAGAUGGAGUUUGGUGCGAUCAUUGCGCUGACAGUAUUGAUUGGUGCGCUGGUCAUUUUAGUCGCCGUGGCUAUCGGCAGACAGAAACGAGAAUCAUCUGAGCAGGACGAGCAGAAAAAAGACUCCGAUUCGUCGGUUGAGGAAAAUACAGUGAAAGCGCCUGCCAAGAAGCAGAAGCAGCAACAGCGCCCUCGUAAGGAAAGACAGCAGCAGCACACAUUCUCGCAUCAGCUGCUGGCAUCCUCUUUAAAGAGUCACAAUGGCAACGUGACCUGUCUGGAUUUUAGUAGCAAUGGGAAAUACCUUGCGUCUUGCUCAGAUGACCGCACCGUUAGGAUCUGGAGCACUAAAGACUUCCUGGAUCGAGAUCACAAGUGCUUGCGGGCCAACGUCGAGUUUGAUCAUGCUACACGCGUCCGGUUUAGUCCAGAUUCUCGAGCCUUCAUCACCUGGCUGGCUAGCGGAGAGACCAUUCGAAUUUAUAAGAUGAUUAAAAAGGAUGAUGGCACAUUUACUUUUAAAGCCGCCCCAGAAGAUUUUCCUCAGAGGCACAAGGGAAUGGUUUUAAACAUAGGAAUUGCAGAGACAGGCAAAUUUAUUAUGUCCGCCUCUAUCGAUACCACCAUUUUGAUCUGGGAUCUGAAAGGAGACGUUUUAGCUACUAUCAACACUAACCAGAUGACCAGUUCACAUGCUGCUAUAUCACCAUGUGGCAGGUUUGUUGCUGCUUGCGGUUUCACCACUGAUGUGAAGGUUUGGGAGGUUUGUUUUACUAAAUCUGGAGAGUUUAAAGAGGUUGUGCGUGCAUUUGAUCUUAAGGGGCAUUCAGCUGGCGUUUACUCCUUUGAUUUCUCCAAUGACUCUCGCAGAAUGGUGACGGUGUCUAAAGACGGCACAUGGAAGCUGUGGGACACUGAUGUGGAGUACAAGAAAAAGCAGGAUCCAUACUUGCUGCGGACUGUGCCAUGUCAGGUGUCAGAGGGCAGCCGCAUAGCCCUGUCUCAAGACGGCCGCGUAGUAGCUGUGUCCAGCGGUUGCGAUAUAGCCAUGUACAAUGCUGUCACUGGUGAACUUGAGGAAGAGUUCCACGGCGUUCACAGCGAAGAGAUAACUGACCUUAAGUUUGACAUAAACAACCGUUUCUUAGUGAGCACGGGCGACCGUGCCAUCCGCGUUUUUCACAAUGUGAUCGGUUACCGCGCCGCCAUUCAGGACAUGCAGACCAUGCUUAAAAAAGCCUCAAAUGAUGGAGUGAGACAAAGAGUCCAACAGCAGAUAUCGGAGGCUCAGAAUGCUCUGGAAACUGUGCUUAAUGCACCAAAAAACUAAAGGCUGCUUGGUGAACAACUUUGACUGCCUUUUUUUUAUGAGGACGCUAUUCUGUUUUUCCGAUUAAAAAAAAUGUGGCUUUAGCAUGUUGGUUUUAAUGAAUAAAUCAAAUGUUUAUAA